AUGCAGCACGUCACGACAACCCGCGAGGGCAACGUCUUCACCAUCACCAUGCACUGUGGCGAGGAAAACCGGAUGACGGUGGCAUUCUGUCGCGAGAUGAUAGCGGCCUUUAACAGCAUAAGGGAGACGCUGGGAAAUGGCUCUGCCGGAGCAGUCAUUGUGCAAGGAAGAAAUCCAAAGUUCUGGUGUACUGGAGCAGACUUGAAUGAACGAGAAGUGCGACCUCAUGCCAACACGGAAGGCUUCUACCCAAUGAUUCAUACCAUCUUGGACUUUCCCUUUCCGACAAUUGCACUGAUCAACGGACAUACCUUUGGAGGUGGUUGUGUGUUCGCGAUGGCGCACGACUACAGGGUCAUGAAUGGCGAGAGAGGGUUCUUGAGAAUGCCGCCUGUGGACAUUGGUUUACACUUCCCUGGCAUGGGGAGCCUUCUUCGCGCUAAAUUACACCCGAGAGUAGCGAGGAAAAUGCUGCUCGAGGCGCACAAAUUCACGGGCAAGGAAGCUCUAGAAGAUGGAAUAGUUGACUUGAUAGUUGAGCCCUCCGCUCUGAGGAGGACGGCACACGACUUGGCCAGGCGGGUUGCGCCUAAGGCUGCUGCUGGAGUAUACGGCGUGCUCAAAUCCGAGCUGUACGGUGAAGCAGACCGCGAGUUCCAAUUGAUCAGCAUGGUGUACUCUAGGCCUACCAGUAGACAGCCGAAGCUUAAGCUGUAG